CAAAACUGACGUGUCUUUCAGUGGCAACAGUUGACACACAUUUGGCCCGAAGUGGUGUCUGGAGGACAUCCCGAAGACUAAAAGAGUAGUGAAAGGCGUGGUAGUGUUAGGAUGAGUUGGCUGUCGCACCUGUUGGCCAGGGUCAAUUACCCCAUGUAUUGUGUGCGGACACUAUCGGAGCGACACAUACUGGUGGCGGGCGGUGGCGGACCCGCCAAGACUGGAAUCGCUAACACUCUGGAGGUCUACGAACUGCUAUACGACAAGACAACCAAUUCAUGCAAAGCCCGACUCAUCACACAUUACGACACGGGUUCCCGAGCGGUGAUGAAUAUGUGUGUCGUCGACAAAAGCAAUUACUGCUAUCAACUGUUCUGCGGAGGAAUGGAUGGGAUGUGCACUCAAUACGACCUUAAGCUCAAUGUGGAGAGUAAACGUCGAGAGAGCUCUUUGUCGCCCUCCAGACGUGAGCGCACUUUCUCGGAGACGAGUCUUCGGCGCCGAAGACUUAGUUCCAGAUCUGAUUCUAUAGACAAAGAGAACGAUAUUAACGCUAAUAACAGUCCGACAGCAGUACCAGAAGCGGAACCACUGAAACAACACUCGCGUAAAGACUCGAAGCCAAAGAUGACGGACGACACGAAUGGUGUCCCAGACUUUAGUUUUGAUAUAAAACAGCAAAAGAUGUUUAAAACCGAUUUUAAUGGCGAAGAAUCGUUUCAAAAGAUCGUUAAAUUCUCGGCUGAGGCUAAUGUGUUGAUCACUGCUGGAUCUGAUGGUCACAUAAGGCUCUGGUCUCUUCCCAAAUUGGAUCAGAUUCUAGCGAUUAAAGCCCACGACAACGAAGUGGACGGUCUAGACAUCAAUGGCAACGGAACACAUAUAGUAAGCGUUUCUCGCGAUUCAAAGGGCUUUAUCUGGAAUACAAACGAUGGAAGUCUUAAGAUUGAGCUCAAGUAUGAAUUACCGGUCGAUAAGAAGUCACAGAAUGGAUGUCGUUAUUCCACUGUCGAAGGUGAUAUAAAUAAUGUAAAGUUAUAUACAAUAAUGAAUCCAAUGGUGAACUCGAAGCCACAGAAAAGUUCCUAUAUUUGCAAAUGGAAUACUCAGACAUAUAAACCCGAAAAGUUGGUCUCAACCGGAUUUGAAAGUCUGUCUACAAUGGCCGUCAGUGAUGAGGGCCGGUAUAUAGGUUUGGGUACUCUAAACGGAUCGGUCGAUGUGUACAUUGCGUUCAGUUUGCAGCGGAUAUACCACUUGUCUUCGGCGCAUAACAUAUUCGUGACUGGAGUAGAAUUCCUCAACUCUUCUGUGGCCGCACAACAGCUGACCGGCGGUAACGACGCCUCUCUGGUCAGCGUUUCAGUCGAUAAUCACAUUGUCGUCCAUCAGAUUCCCAGACGAGCAACGCUAGGGUUUAUCGGUUCGACGGCAUUCUUCGUGAUGUUUAUGUUAAUUGUUUAUAUAGUAAUGAGUUAUUCAGGUCUUUAGCGAAAUUGUGAUUUUAAUUAUAUUUUUAUUUUUUGUUAAUUUCUGGAUUU